AUGGACUUCCCCGCAUCAUCUCUAGUGCCUACAGCUUAUGAUUCGGACGAAGAAUUCUUUUCUAUAAUCUCAACAUCCUUCAAUGAGGAAUGGGACAAACUUGCCCCACAGCCCAGCCCAGCCAAGCCGCCGCCUGCCGCCCAACCGGCUCCGCACGUUUUCAAACGGCCGUAUUUGAAGCCCCGCCGUACACGCCGGAAACUUCAGUACUGCAAGCCGUACCUGCCCAUCAUGAAGCACUGGUCCUCAACGUAUUGCCCGAUGUGCUGCCACCCUGAGGACAGAAAUAAGCCAUUCGAACCCAUUCCCAUCCGCCCAGUCAUUCCAGACCCAAAUUUCAAACCCUCUUUCAUUCCACCCCUGCCCAUAUUCGUAACACAAAUCACCGAGCUCCCACCGCCUUCUGCACCGCCAUCCCCAAUACCACAAAUCACACCGCAACUUUCCUAUGUUUUUCCACUGUCACCAGCCUCCAUUGCUGCGAUACCCCUUCCACCAUCGCCUCCUCUCGCAUUGCUAUCGCCACCUCACGCAUUGCCAUCGCCACCUCACGCAUUGCUACCGCCACCUCACGCAUUGCCAUCGCCGCCUCACGCAUUGCCAACGCCGCCUCCCGCAUUGCUAUCGCCACCUCACGCAUUGCCAUCGCCGCCAUCCGAACCCAUCUCUGCUACUGUCACACCGGCCAACUCCACCCCUUCAGUCGCCACAACUACCGACGCCACUCUUAUAUCACCUUUCAAGCAAGUCAUGGACCUCCUACUCCAACUGGACCUGCCCUUACCCGCGCUGUCCGCCGAGGAGGAAUAUGACCCGGAAUCACCGGCAAUCGAAGCGUAUUCCCCCUCCAACCCAGGAAUGUGCCCGCCUUCACACCAGAACUCAGUGAAACCACAUAUGCCGCGACGAAAACGCAAAUACAUUCGCCCCCGUGGAACCCGUGGUGGCCGCAAUGCGAAGAAAGCGAAGCUCUGCAAGUAA